AUGGUAACAUCCACCAUUGCGGCCUCGGGAUACAAGUCAGACGGCAGCAUUUCCAUGUCCAUGGCCGACAUGGUCAUGACGUUCUUCGAGGCGGUCCGGACGCCGCUCUACUCGGACGCGUGGACGCCGGGCAACGAGGGGCAGUACGCCGGCACGUACGUCUUCCUGAUGGCUCUCGCCUCGGUCCGGUCCUGCGUUUGCUCCUCGCCGUGA